AUGAGCCAAUUGUUCAACAGAGGGGAGGUAAAAGAGGGGAGCGAACACAGUGAGGAAGCACAGGAGAGAACUACUUCCCAGAAAGGCUACCAACCACAGGGAAGUAGCGUCCUACUGGACGUGAACGCUGGAAACAGCGUUGUCAAGUGCGACAUGCUGUCGUCUAUGCACGAGGGAGCGAAAAGAAAGUUGACGAAGUUGUUCCAAGACAACGACAAUCGGAUGCACGAUGAGGAGUUAGGACUAAACAUAUAUAUAAAAAACAUCUGGAUCUAUAUUAACCUAAUGUGCACCUUUACAAUCCACGAUUUGAUUCUCAUCUCAAGGUCCUUCAAAAAUACAGAAAUUAUUUACGACGAUGUUGUGUUCAGUGGAAAGGAGGACGGAUCCAUCUUUAAGGAUAGACAAGGUAAAAGAAAAAACAGCUUGUUCAUUUAUUUCCAGAAUUAUAAAAUCAGGAAGAACGUCGUGAAAAUAUUUUUGCAGAAUCCCUAUGCUGUUUGCUUCAUACACAAAAACGGGUCUGUGCAUGUCCACGGGGCAUUGACGUUGAGGAGAGCCUUACUCAUUCUAAUUAAGGUCAUUAAGAGAUUGAAAUAUAAGACUUUUUGGACGUAUCUAAGUGGGUGCGGUAUGGGCGUGAAUCACCAGGGGGUGGAGCCUCAAGACGAAGGAGCAACAGCUGCAGCGGGUGUGGCACCUUGUGAUGGCCAGAUCGUGCACCCAAAGGAGGGGAGAAGCAAUUUUCCAACGUUUCAUCAGAACGAGGGGGGGCCCAUUUCGGGAGAAUCCACUCCUGAACAGAGCAUUGUCGAAAAAUCCACUCCUCAGCAGAGCAUUACCGAGGGGGCUUCAUCCCCGGAGGGAGGCCCCCCAAAAAAGGACAAGGCAAAGGUCUUCCAAACGAUUCGCUUCUGCGAAACGAUCAUUGAAGAGCUAAGAGGCAAGAUUAACAAGUAUGGGCAGGACGAUUGGGGGCAGGCCAGGGCACUUCCAGUAGAGAGACUUUGUCAGGGGGGGGAAAAAAAGGAAGGCCCAUCCGAAAGUAGUAAAUAUUACCGAUCGAGGGGAUGCAGAAGGUGGAUUUCCAAGAAGCUCCACGCAGAAGUUCCUUCCCAAUUGGGGCACGAACAAAUGGAUGUCCAUUUGAAUAAGAGCAAGCCCCCCAUUCAGGUGGAGGAAAAGAGAGGGGUGUCAAGAGUGGAUUCUCCUAAAGGGGCCUCCUCAGAGGAGUGCAGGAGCGGAAGAAAUGACAAAACUGCGAACGUGUCCGAGUCACAGCCUCCCCAUUUAUGUGACCAUGCGGGGGACUCCUCUGAAUUGACUCGUCCCAAUCGUUCCACAACGCAUUUCAAACCGAGUAACAGCCAAGCGGAUCGGAAAAAUCAAUUUUUGGGUAGGAAAGAAAAUGAUAGAACGGUCGAAAGGGAGAACUACAGCGAGAUGGGUCCCUUCUUAAACCAAUUUGAUCAAUCAGCCGUGUACAGCAAAAAGUGCAUAUACCAGUUUGACACGUACCGGCGGUGGAAGUACAUCACGCGAAAUGACAUCACAUUCGACAUGGACCACUUGAACAUCAAGCAGCUUGUCUCUGUUUUUAGUGUUAAGUUGAGACAUUUUGAUAUUUCCAAAAUUUACCAGUAUAAAGAAUUUAAGAACAUCAUUACAGACAUUAACAAUAUUAUAUAUAUUCGAAUUGACCAUUCUCUUUUGUGUAAGCUAAUUCAACAAGGCACUUUGGAUCCCCUUGUGCAAAAUAAUUUUGCAGAAGGGUGUCGGCCGAAUGCUCAUUCCUCCGUCAGGACGGUCCUCUUGUUCAGCUCGGGAAACGUUGUCCUUUACGCCUGUAAGAGUCGCCUCGAGGUGCUGUGCGUGUCUAGGUUUAUCGUGAACACGCUACGCCGCAACAACAACAUAGCGAUGUGA